AACUAACUUCAGGUGAGUUUUCUUUAGCAUGUAUUAAAGUGACAGUGAUUUUAUACAUAAAUGCGAACAAAACAAUUUAUAAGUGAUUAUUCUUAAAGAAUAAUGUGAUAAACAAUAACACAGAGAGUGUAGUAUCAAGUUUAUAUAAAAUGGAAGAGAAACCCAACAUUGAAAUAGUCUACAUGGCUAUAUCUGCAUUAUACAACAAUCCAAACAGUACAGAAAAAGAGAGAGCAUCACAUUGGUUAAGGAAUUUUCAGAAAUCUGUGCAUGCUUGGACAUUAGCUGAUGAAAUACUGCACCAUAAGAAAGAUUUGGAGUCAUGUUAUUUUGCAGCUCAGACUAUGAGGUCAAAGAUACACUAUUAUUUUCACGAGCUUCCAAUUGAAGCUCAUGGAAGUUUAAGAGACAGCCUGAUGGAUCACUUAAGUAAAAUCACAGAGGGAACCAAUUCCAUUAUUGUGACUCAGUUAUGUUUGGCAUUAACUGAUUUAAUAUUGCAAAUGUGUUCAUGGGAACAUGCAGUUUUAGAUUUAAUUAACAGAUUUUCACAAAGCAAUUUGUGGCCCUUACUUGAAAUAUUUAUUGUUCUUCCAGAGGAGAUUGAGAGUCGAUCAUUGAGAUUAGGUGAGAAUAGGAGGCAACAUGUUAUGGAUGAUUUGAGGUCUUGUGCUCCCACAGUCAACAACUUCUUGAAGCAUUGCUCGAAUAUGUAUUGCAAUAAUUUGCAUGAUAAUGUUCAGAUAACUUCUAAGAUUAUUAGGUGUUAUGCAUCCUGGAUAUCAAUAGAAGCUAUUUCAUUGGAUGAUGUGACAGAUCAUGUUGUUGUAACAAAUUCAUUGAUGAUACUCAGCUACAAACAAGAGAAUGCUAAGUGCCUCCCUGUAUCUAAUACUCUACACGAUGCUGCAACCAAUGCGAUUUGCACGUUGCUGAAACGACUGGAAGUCAACAACAAUCAACAGAACAUCGAGAGUUACUUGUGCAACCACAUCUUGGAGCUUGAGGUGCCAUAUCAUUUGAGCGUUGCAAAUGAAGAUAUUGAGAAGUCGAUGAACUAUUGCCGCAUUUUCACCGAGCUGGGUGAAACGUUCCUAUGUAAAAUCAUUUAUCAAACUACGGAGCAGUACCAGCAUCAGGCGAUCAAAGUCUUUGAUUUGAUUUUGAUGUGCGUUGGGCAUCAUGACUAUGAAGUUGCAGCAAUAACAUUCAAUCUGUGGUUUUUGCUAAGCGAGGAAUUGUGCCAGAAGAACAGCAAACUUCUGAUCGAAAUGUUUAGGCCGUAUAUAGAGAGAUUGGUGACUGCACUGUGCAGACACUGCCAAAUGGAACCGGACUUGGAUGGACUGUUAGAAGAUAUGGACGAUUUUAAAGAUUUUAGAGGAAAAGUCUCAGAGUUGGUUAAAGACGUUGUCUUUAUUAUUGGAAGCGCGUCGUGCUUCCGAUACAUGUUCAUGAAUCUCCAAGGAAACAACGUUACCUGGGAUAUAACUGAAUCUGCAUUAUUCAUUAUGCAAGCCGUUGCGAAGUAUAUUGUACCGAAUGAAAAUGAAGUAGUUCCGAAGGUAGUCGAAGCAAUUUUGAACAUACCUCCGAGCACGCACAUAGCAGUCCGUUAUACGUCCGUGCUUCUGGUCGGAGAGUUGUGCGAAUGGAUCGAAAAACAUCCUUCGACCCUUGACCCGAUUCUGAACUUCUUAGUGAACUGUUUGUCCGAGCCAGGCAUCGGUCCGGCCUCUGCAACCGCCAUCCAGAACAUUUGCGCGGCUUGCAAUGAGCACAUGUCCAGACAUGUUCCGGUCAUGUUGCAACUUUUAAGACAGGUUGAUAGUUUUGCUAUCACCAAUGACGCUGUAAUUGGUUUACUCAAGGGUGUUGCUGCAAUCAUUAGCAAGUGUGAUUUGGAUGAAGUGACGCCAUCCUUAAGGGAUCUUUGUUCGCUGCAAGUGAAUCCUUUGAGCGAGUUAGUUGAUAAUAAUAUAGCGACUGUGCCUAAGACAAAGGCAGACCCAGUUUUAUGGCUUGACAGAUUAUCGUCGAUUUUUAGGAAUCUGGUAAUCCAUGUUGAUAACGAUGUGAUAAAUCCGUGCAAAGUGGUUGUGUUGGAAGUCUGGCCGGUCAUGUCGAAAGUCCUCAACAAGUAUGCAAGUGAGUUGCGUAUAAUGGAGAGGUCCUGUCGUACGGUCAGAUUCAUGUUACGUUGCGUUAGUCAGCAAGUGAAGGAACUGCUGGAAAGUCUAGUGGGCCAAAGUGUUUCCAUAUACGCGAUGUAUAAACAUUCGUGCUUUUUAUAUUUAGGAAGUAUAUUGGUCGACGAAUAUGCAACUGACCCUACCUGCGUUCAAGGUUUAUUGGACAUGCUGGAGGCUUUUAUAACGCCUACGUUUGAGUUAUUGCAAGAGAAGGAAGGUCUAAGGAAUCAUCCGGAAACUGUAGAUGAUUUCUUCAGACUUUGCGCUCGUUUUCUGCAGAGAUCGCCUGUACCCUUUCUACUCAGUCUGACUUUACCUCUGAUCAUACAGUGCGGCUUGAUGUGUUGUUCAUUGGACCACAAGGAGGCCAACAUUUCCGUGAUGAAGUUCUUCUUCGAAAUCAUCAACACGGGCAAGAUUGCUCGCUCGCACGAUGAUUUCCCGCAGCGGAAGCAACUUGUCAACACGAUAGUGUUGGAGUACGGACAGCAGUUGGUUGACAAUUUGGUGCAGGCUAGCGUCUUCUCACUGCAUCCCUACAUGCUCUCCGAAGUGGCCGACGUUAUUGUGGAACUCCUUAGAUAUAAUAGGGAUUUGUCAAGCGAAUGGUUAGCCAUCACUCUGCAGGGAUUGCCGAAGGAAGGAACGGGUACUAUCACGGUGAAACAACAACAAUUGACGGAUGUACACGCUUCCGUUGUAAAGUCAGAUACAUCUAAAUCUGUAACGUACGCGCUGAAGGAUCUGGCACGUCUAUACCGAUAGUAGAGUUAUUGAUUUGUUAUGUACUUUUUUUUUGAUGUAUCUCACGGGUUUUAUUUAAGAAAAUAACUACGUUUCGAUAUACUCCACAUGAAAACUGUGAGACGCGUAAUCCAUGGUUGGAAAUCAAAA